GAAAACAACAAAUGCCAGGGUCCCCUCUCUUAACAAAAACCACUGUCUUAGACUCUUAGUCUUUGACUUGGACUCACAAUCCAUAUCACAAUAAUAACUGCAUCCCCCCCAGGCCCCCAGGCCCCAAAUUUCAAUAUUUCCACUUCUUCAUUCCCCUCAUGCUCACAUCCCCUUAUUCUCCACUUUUCAAAUUACACCAAAACAUACCCUCUCAAUUUCACUAUCACAUAUGACGCAGCAGUGGCGGUGGCCGGCCGCUAUUGCGACUCUAAUUAUUGUUGUUUUCUCGGUCACUGUAAUCACAACAAGAUUUCCAAACCAACAACUCAACAUGCGUACGCCAUCGAACGCCAUGGAGGUACCGCGGAGGAGGGUGCUCAUUGGGCCAGGAUCGUGGCCACCGAGAUGUAAUUCAAAAUGCGGGAGUUGCACGCCCUGUAAGGCAGUGCAUGUGCCGAUUCAACCUGGGGUGAGCGUGCCGUUGGAGUAUUACCCCGAAGCUUGGCGUUGCAAGUGUGGCAAUAAGAUGUACAUGCCUUAGGAUAUAAAGUACUGUAGUAGUACAGUAAGUUUAGUGGUAAGAGCCAAAAGGAGUGUGAAACUGUUUGUAUUUAAUGUUGCUACUCUAUACGCGAAAUUUGAUGAUCAAACCAAAUCAGCAGUACAUUUAAUAAGAGCGAGCUAACUUUCACACAUUCUUGUUCGUUUCCAAUAAUGUACUUACAAUAUAGCAGUAUUAUUAUUUAAUCAAUGUAUCAUAUAUAUGGAUGUA